AAGAACGUGAAGGUCGCAUGGCGAGCGCGAGCUCCACAAACACCAUCAGACCGGUUGCGGUGACUUAUAUUAUUAUUUUCACUUCCACGUAUAAAUAGUGAGAGCGCAUCGGCGGCAGAAGAAACAUGUCCGCUCCUCCACGCACAGAUCAGGAAAAACGGAAGCAGAUCUCCGUGAAAGAGAUCGCUUUGGCAGAGAACGUGUUGAACGUGAAGCGCACGUUCAACAGACAUCUCCACUACACGCUCGUCAAAGACAGGAACGUCGCCACGCCCAGAGAUUACUAUUUUGCUCUCGCGCAUACGGUCAAGGAUAACCUAGUGAGCCGCUGGAUUCGAACUCAACAGCACUACUAUGAAGCAGAUCCGAAGAGAGUUUAUUACAUCUCGCUGGAAUAUUUGGUUGGAAGAUCACUAUGCAAUACCAUGGUCAAUUUGGGAAUUCAGAGCACAUGCGAUGAAGCCUUAUAUCAGCUCGGUUUAGAUAUGGAAGAAUUAGAAGAUAUUGAAGAAGACGCAGGACUGGGCAAUGGCGGUUUGGGUCGCUUAGCGGCCUGUUUCUUGGAUUCCAUGGCCUCCCUUGGAUUGGCUGCCUAUGGAUACGGGAUAAGAUAUGAAUAUGGAAUUUUCGCACAAAAAAUCAAAGGAUGCGAACAGAUCGAGGAACCAGAUGACUGGUUGCGGUUUGGUAACCCAUGGGAGAAAGCGAGACCAGAAUACAUGCUCCCAGUCAAUUUUUAUGGAAGAGUGGAGAAAACGAGUAAAGGUUCAAAAUGGGUGGAUACGCAGAUAGUGUUUGCCAUGCCAUAUGACAGUCCAGUUCCUGGAUUCAGGAAUAAUGUGGUUAAUACAUUACGGUUAUGGUCUGCUAAAUCUCCCAACAGUUUCAACUUGAGAUUUUUUAACAAUGGAGAUUAUAUCCAAGCAGUACUGGACCGGAAUCUAGCCGAAAAUAUUUCACGUGUUUUAUAUCCCAACGACAACUUCUUUGAAGGCAAAGAACUGAGAUUGAAGCAAGAAUAUUUUCUGGUUGCUGCAACUCUUCAAGAUAUCAUUCGAAGAUUUAAAACUUCUAAAUUUGGAUCCAGAGACCCUGUGAGGACUACAUUUGAAAAUUUUCCACAGAAAAUAGCAAUCCAGAUGAAUGAUACUCAUCCAGCCAUUGCCAUUCCAGAACUGAUGCGAAUUUUUGUAGACAUAGAAGGGCUGUCUUGGGAAACGGCUUGGAAUAUCACUGUAAAGACAUGUGCGUAUACGAAUCAUACAAUUUUGCCAGAGGCACUGGAGCGAUGGCCAACUUCCACAUUAGAGAGCAUUUUGCCACGACAUUUGGAAAUAAUUUAUGAAAUUAAUGCACAACAUUUAAAGAAAGUUGCCGAAAAAUAUCCUGGAGACCUCGACAAACUUCGUCGAAUGUCUUUGGUAGAAGAAGAGCCAGAGAAAUGCAUCAACAUGGCUCACUUGGCAAUAGUUGGUUCUCAUGCUGUUAAUGGUGUUGCCAAACUUCACUCCAGUAUCCUGAAAUCUUCAGUGUUUAAAGAUUUUUUUGAAAUGGAGCCACAGAAAUUUCAAAAUAAAACAAAUGGAAUUACUCCUCGACGGUGGCUGGUCCAGUGUAAUCCUGAGCUAGCAGACGUCAUCGCUGAGAAAAUUGGCGACGAAUGGAUUACUCAGAUGGAACAGUUGAAGAAAAUAAUGCCAUUUUACAAAAUAACAAGUUUUGUACAGAAGAUACAACAAGUUAAAAAUGAAAAUAAAUUGAAGUUGGCGCAGCUUAUUCAAAGGGAUUAUGGUAUCACUCUGAAUCCUGCUUCCAUUUACGAUGUUCAAGUGAAGAGAAUUCAUGAAUACAAACGCCAGCUUUUGAAUCUGUUGCAUAUUGUUACAAUGUACAACAGAAUCAAAGACAAUCCAAACGGACCAUUCGUUCCUCGAACUGUUAUGAUUGGAGGAAAGGCUGCUCCAGGCUAUCACACAGCAAAACAGAUCAUAAAACUUAUUUGUUCCGUUGCCCAAAUAGUGAACAACGAUCCGAUCGUGGGCAAAAAGCUGAAAGUGGUGUAUUUGGAAAAUUACAGAGUUUCUCUGGCCGAGAAAGUGAUACCAGCUGCUGAUCUCAGCGAGCAAAUAUCGUUAGCAGGAACUGAAGCUUCUGGAACUGGCAACAUGAAAUUUAUGUUGAAUGGUGCUCUAACGAUCGGAACCUUAGAUGGAGCAAAUAUUGAAAUGAGAGAAGAAAUGGGACCUGAGAACAUUUUCAUAUUUGGCAUGACAGUUGACGAUGUAAAAACCCUUGAGAGAAGAGGUUACAAUGCAAUGGAAUAUUAUGAAAGAAAUCCCGAACUCAGGCGAUGUAUUGAUCAAAUAAGGUGUGGUUACUUCAGUCCACAGAAUGCAGAUCAAUUUAAAGAUCUUGUAGAUAUUAUUCUGAAGUAUGACAGAUUUUAUGUAUUAGCUGAUUAUGAAGAAUAUGUCAAAUGUCAAGAAGAAGUUAGUAAAACAUAUCAGGAUGGAAACAAAUGGACAACUAUGGCUAUCAAGAAUAUAGCAUCUGCUGGCUAUUUCUCCAGUGAUAGAACUAUUACGGAAUAUGCGAGAGACAUAUGGGGGGUGAAGCCUAUGCGAGAAAAACUUCCUGAUCCUCAUGAGCCUCAGGAAUUGCAGGUGCAGAAGAGGGGCUCUGUAGGCCCAAAAUAAUCUUGUUGUGAAAGUUCUUAUAUUGAGUCAGAUUAAUCCCUGAAUAGCAAAACAAAAGAAAGCUUCCAAAAAGGCAAUUUUUGUACCUUGUUCGACCAAUUUGUGAAUUUUUUACAUUUCUAUACAUUAUAAUGCAAUAAAUUUUAUUAGAUGAGUUUUUAUGAA